CGCACCACUUCAGUCACUGUAAAGGAGAAACGUUGACAGGGAGUCAGGGACGGUAUAUUAUUAGCAUUUAACCAUAGACAGACAAAAAAGAAAAGAAAAAGGGGAAAUAAUAUAAGGAUCCGCCAUUGCCCAAUCCUCCACCGUCUCUCUUCUUUCUUUUACCCUCAUCGAAAGUCACAGAGACCCAAUUGGCCAAAUUCCAUUUCCAAACACGAACCUUCUCCUCCAUCCCCGCAAAAAUUUCCUGGGAAGGGUUUGGGGGACGAUGAAUGGAGGAACUCGAAGCCUGAUCUCAAUUAGCAAAACCCAAUUAGUCAAUUACCUGGGAAGGGUUUGGGGGACGAUGAAUGGAGGAACUCGAAGCUUGGUAGCACUGGGCGGCGGCGACGUCGGAGCUAGUGGGAGUGGCCGGGGCGGCGACGAAAUCGGGGCAGGGUUUCUGUAUCUUUGGUGGCGCCGAUGCGAUUCAGUGGUCGGAGCCCGGAGGGGAUGCCGAGAUCGGAGGUGGCCGGGGCGGCGACGUUCGAGCUGGUGGCAGACUGGCAGUGGCCGGGGCGGCGACGUCGUGGGCGUCUCUGUUUGCUCAGCCGGCUCGUCGUCGACGAAGAUGGGUAGAGAGGAAGAGUUGUCGACUGUCGAGUGACCUCGACUGAGUCUUCGAAGAGAUUCUUAUUUUUCUUUUUAGUUUCAUUUUUUUUAAUUAUUUGGGUUUGGAUUUUUUAACCCAAAUUCAUGGGUAAAACUCAAGUAAACCCAUGGGUAUGGG